AUGCUGUCCUCAAGUCCUGCUUCCUGUACAUCUCCCAACCCUGACAGAGACAACCCAGACAAGAAGGUCCACUGGGCUUCUGAGAAGAGAAGGAGAACAUCAUCCACAGACUCAGAAUCAAAGACUCACUUGGACAUUUCUAAGUUACCCAGGUCCCGGAGACCCAGCCGGCUGACGGUGAAGUAUGACCGAAGUCAUCUGCAGCGUUGGCUGGAGAUGGAGCAGUGGGUAGAUGCUCAGGUCCAGGAGCUGUUCCAGGGUCAAGAAGCUCCUUCUGAGCCCGAGAUUGAUCUGGAAGCUCUCAUGGAACUAUCCACAGAGGAGCAGAGGACUCAGUUGGAGGCCAUUCUCCAAGACUGCCCCUGUGACAGAGAGCCUUUUAUCUCUGAGCUGCUCAGUCAACUCAAGAAACUUCGGAGACUCAGCAGGCCUUCGAAAUAAUACUGGAGAGACCAUCUGUAGCCUACAGAACUUCUGUAGCCUCAGCCCUGACCUGGAUGCUGGCUGAAAGGUCUUCAAUGCAGACAAGGGAUGCAGAAGACAAGGAGAGAC